CCGCCUAAAUCGCCAUCAAAAUCUCGCCUCCAAUCUCCCUCCAAACGGAAGCCUCGCAUACCCACUCCGCCUUUGAGACCUAGUCUAGAUGCAUUCUGGACGGCAGAGGCUGUCAACAAUUGGAAUGACACCUACUCUCCGCAGAAGACACUGAAAUCACCAGCAAAGAAGCCACCCGGACCAUUUGAUACCCCUCCGUUGUCCCCAACAAAGCGCACAAAGUCCGAGGUCGCCGAGCGCAAAACCUUCGAGUCAACAAAAGAAGCGAUAGCAUCAAGCUUCCUCGCGGAGCUAGACUCUACAAUCACCAACAACCAAAUCUCCGCUCUCGCAGCCAGCGUCGGCGGAGUCCAACUCAUAUGGUCCAAGACUCUCACCACAACCGCCGGCCGUGCGAACUGGAAGCGUGAAACGACCAGGACUCGCUCACGUCCCAACUCGGACAAGGCCACCGGCCAGGACAACACCGUCACGACAAUCACGCACAAACACCACGCUUCUAUCGAGCUGUCCACCAAGAUCAUCGACAAUACUGAUCGACUACUCAACGUCGUGGCUCACGAGUUCUGUCAUCUAGCGAACUUCAUGAUCAGCAACAUCACCGAUCAGCCACACGGGAAAUCUUUCAAGAACUGGGGAAGACUUGUGUCUAAAGCUUUCGGCGACAGAGGCGUAGAAGUCACCACCAAUCACAGCUAUGUCAUCGAGUACAAGUACAUUUGGAAAUGCGAAGAAGGCAAUGGAGGCUGUGGGCGAGAAUUUGGACGACAUUCGAAGAGUGUCGAUCCGGCGAGACAUCGCUGUGGC